AUAAAUGAACGGAUUACGCUCGAAGUUAUACAAACUUAGUCUGAUAAAAGCGUCCGGCAGAUCUUUUCGUUGGUGCAUUGUUGUGUGUUUGCCACGCAUGCGUAGUGGUGUACGGAAAAUAUUGUAUUAGUGAAAAUGGCGAUUCUUUUAGCGCUGGCUUACAUUUACUUAGGAAUAGCCGGCUUAAUUGCAGCAGCCCCGACUUCAACUCCCGUUAGUCGAUGUACAAGUCCAACUGUAGAUAAUGGACUCGUCCAGUGUAGCAGCAACAAACAAGAAUUAUUAUGCGUGAUCGUGUGCGAGAAAGGAUACGCGUUCGAGACGGGAGCGCGCGAGAUCCAAAAGUCCUGUGACAACACAACCGGAAUUUGGUCCCCCAGUGCGGGCUUCCCAGAUUGUGUCCCUGGGAUGUGUAUGGGCCGCCUCCUUACCCUGGUGAACGAUAGCGAUCUGAGCGCAUCCUCUCAAUUCCUGGGAUCUCGAACUCUGCAGACCGGACCGGACAGGGCGCGCCUGGACGCUCAGGUGGAGGCUUCCGGUUUGCACGUGUACGCAGGGGGCUGGAAGGCGAACUUAGACUCCCUCGACCAAUACGUUCAAGUUGAGUUCAACGCGACGAUGCGCGUGCGCGGAGUGGUAACGCAGGGCCGGGCGGUACUGGACGGCGACCCGGCGAACGAGUACGUCACUCAGUACCGACUGCUCUACAGUGAUGACGGCAAGGCGUGGCGGCCGUACAGCUCCCUCAAAGUCAGCGAUCAGUUUCUUUCCGGCAAUCAUGACCGCGACACUCCGAAUGUGAACAUGCUCGACUGCCCCUUCGACGCCCGCUUCGUUCGCAUCAACCCGCUGGCUUGGCACGAACACAUUGCGCUCAGGUUCGAUCUGCUGGGGUGCGAAUCCGACGGCUUCGCUCCUGCAUGUGUCACACCGACGACAAGGACCACGAUGUUGACAACUACUGUGACAUUAGACCCUAACAUCGUUAACAAGGACCCAACCACCACCAGUAUCCUCACCAGCACAACGGUACAGCGCCCUAAUAUGUGCACUGCCCUACCCCCGUCCUCACACGGCAUCAUGCACUGCGAACAGCAGACCGGCUCUCUAGUUUGCGUUGCGACAUGCGAUGAACACUACAAGUUCGAAAGCAACGACCUUGUGAUAAAGCGCGUGUGCAACCAGGCAACGGGCGUCUGGCUUGGAGGUCCAGGCAUCCCAAAGUGUAUUUACAACAGCGCCCCUACACCUCUUCCUCCGACCAACAACUAUACCUAUGGUUGCGUAACACUGAAAAAUGAAUGUCGUCAAGCCGGAAAUGGAGAUUUUCAAGCUUGUGGGGGCUGCCAUUUUUUUGCCUCGUGUUCGGAAGGUUAUUUAUAUAUACGCGCAUGCCCAGAACAGCUACUGUUUGACGCGAUUUCUGGUGUGUGUGACUACAAUUCAAGAUCGUGUCCUAACAAUUAGAUAUCGAUUAUUCGAUAAAGUCUGUGGACCUUAAUACAUACAAAAUAAAUUAUACAUGCGUC